GGCGCGCAUGUGCGUAGCGCGCCUAGCCGGGGCUAAGAAGCGCGGCGUGGCUAUCGCGAUAUUUGUGUAAUCGGGACGCUUUUCAGCCCGCGCCCCUUGCGUAGGUUUUGAGCUUGCUGGCUCGUUAGCAGUGAGGUGGUUCUUUCUCGGCAGAAGCUCCUGCCGGAGCACGUCGAGGAGUGCGCGAAGGUCUCCGGGUUUGGUUUAAAUAAAAGAUGGACUGGAGUGGAAAACAUAAUGGGCCAAAUGAUACAACUAAUGAUGGAACAGUGGUACGACUUCGAGGCCUGCCAUUUGGUUGCAGCAAAGAAGAGAUUGUUCAGUUUUUCCAAGGGUUGGAAAUCGUGCCAAAUGGGAUAACAUUGACGCUGGACUACCAGGGGAGAAGCACAGGGGAGGCCUUCGUGCAGUUUGCUUCAAAGGAGAUAGCAGAAAAUGCUCUGGGGAAACACAAGGAAAGAAUAGGGCACAGAUAUAUUGAAAUCUUCAAAAGUAGUAAGAGCGAAAUCAGAGGAUUCAGUGACAUGCCAAGAAGAAUGAUGGGACAACAACGGCCUGGACCAUAUGAUAGACCAUUAGGAGGAAGAGGGGGUUAUUACGGAGCUGGGCGUGGAAAUAUGUAUGACAGAAUGCGUCGAGGAGGUGGUGGAUAUGAUGGUGGAUAUGGUGGCUUUGAUGAUUAUAGUGGCUAUAAUAACUAUGGCUAUGGAAACGAUGGCUAUGAUGAUAGAAUGAGGGAUGGGAGAGGCAUGGGGGGACAUGGCUAUGGUGGAACUGGAGAAGCAGGCUCAGGUUUCCACGGUGGUGGUCAUUUUGUUCACAUGAGAGGACUGCCUUUUCGAGCAACAGAAAAUGAUAUUGCUAAUUUUUUCUCACCAUUGAACCCUAUAAGAGUUCACAUUGAUAUUGGAGCAGAUGGAAGAGCCACUGGAGAGGCAGAUGUGGAAUUUGUAACACAUGAGGAUGCAGUAGCUGCCAUGUCUAAGGAUAAAAAUCACAUGCAGCAUCGAUAUAUUGAACUAUUCCUGAAUUCAACUGCUGGAGGUGGUGCUGGCAUGGGAGGUUAUGGCAGAGAUGGAAUGGAUCAAGGUUAUGGCCCUGUGGGUAGAAUGGGAAUGGGUACCAAUUACAGUGGAUAUGGAACACCUGAUGGCCUGGGUGGAUAUAGUCGUGGCAUUGGAAAUAAUGGAGGAUACUAUGGGCAAGGUGGAGGAGGAUGGCGUGGAAUGUAUUGAAGGGUAGCCUUGCUUCUACAAAACAUCCUGGAAGAAACAGUCUCUGGUCUACUAGACUUUCUUACAAGAUUUAAUUUCUUUUGUAUUUUAAGAACUUUAUAAUGACUGAAGGAAUGUGUUUUCACAAUAUUAUUUGGUAAGCAACAGAUUGUGAUGGGAAAAUCUGUUUUCUGUAGGUUUUAUUUGUUGCAUACUCUGACUUUAAAUAAAUUUUUAUAUUCAAACCACUGAUGUUGAUACUUUUUAUACUAGUUACUCCUAAGGAUGUAUUACAUAUUCAAGACUACAGUCGGUUUAAGAUGUUGUACUGUGGUUCAAUAAAGGUGGUUGUACUGUGACUCCUCUGAACACUGAUUCAGUUCUAUGUAAUCUUGGUGUAGUAACUGAAUUUGAAAAAUCCACUUGUUUAAGGGGAUAAAAGGUAGAUUACUAGUUUAGUUGAUUUGGUAACAGUAUUUCCUAAACCCUUUUCAUAAGUUGUGUAAUAAUCUCAACCCAGCAUAAAGCUCUAGAAGCCAAGUCAGUGUGCUGGCUUUUUUGUACUACCACAAUCUACCAUCACCUUCAAGCGCAUGGCUACAUGAAACGAGUAGUGCCCAGGUUUUGUGCCUGCACAAAACCAAGCAGUGAUGUUUAUUUCCACACACGUAACGUGCAAACCAAACUGUAAUACUAGCACAGUGUUUUGUUAACAUGGAAUGGGUCACAUACUAGUUAAUUUGGAGCUCUCUACUUAAUCUUUCCCUUAAAAACUCCUUUUGGGAAGAGCAGGGGCUCUGGGAGCAAGUUAGAUACUUUUUCUUUAAUGAAAUUACUGUAUUUAAACACAGUUUGACUUUUUGCUUUUCUUCCUGCACAAAGCUGACUUGUUUGUGUUUGUUCAAAACAAGCCAUCCUCUAGAUGAGCUUAUUAGAAGCAGAACAUCUCUAAAAUAAUAAGCCCACUACCUGGUAAAUUCCACACAACCUGAACACAUUGAUAAAACUUUCUGUGCAUUUGUGACAUGUAAGAUAUGUAAGCAACUAACUAUUGUUUGAAGACACUUAACAUACCUGAUGUAUAAUGAAAAAAGGUAUUUAUUCUUCUGAGCCAGUGUGAUCUCCCAAAUUAAUUGCUUUGUUCUCAAUGCCUCCCUUAAAAUGUCAAAUGUGAUCUUGGGUAUUGAAAGUCUGUCACCUGUUUUGCUAGUACUGUGUUAUAUAUGUAAUAAAUGUCUUCUUGUGGGA